AUGUCAGCCGGCCGCAAGAUCUUCCACUGCGCCGUCGACGACACCGUCCUAACCACCAAUAUCAGCGAGGUCAAACGAUGGGCCUCCAAUGGCGCCAUUACCCUGUUUGUGCCGCUUUACACUCUCGAACGUCUCCAGGCCCCAAAGCGCGGCGCUUCCCAGGCCGCCAUAAACUCCCGCGAGGCUGUACGCUUUCUUGAUCGUGUUACGUCCGGAAAAGACAAUAUCCCCGCCGAUCGCGUUGUCCUCCAAGGCCCGAUGGAACAGUAUGAAAACUGGACGGACGCCGAACAAUUCUUCCUGCCCGAGUUUGAAGACCAGGCGGACGAAGUGAACGAGGUAACCGACGACCACGAAGGUGUCUCUACUCCGAAGAUAGAGACGGAAAUCAAGGCCAAUGGUGUCGCCAAUGGUGUCGCCAAAGAAUCGCCCAAGGGCCCGGGGCUUCCCGGCCUGCCGAGUGAUUUAUCGCAAAUGCUGUUGAGUAAGCUCAACUUCAAGGAACCUGCACCUAUUACCAGCAUCCACCACAAUGACCUCAAAUCUUCGGCAUCGCUCCCUUCAACUGGAACCCAGAGCGACCAGGGCUCGCGAGCGUCUUCUCGCAGCUCUGGCACAAGCCCCGAGUAUGCGGAGCAGAACGGCACCAAAAAGGCCAACGGCCACCGCCGUUCAGCAUCAAACUCUUCCGCUAUACCUUCGAUUCCUACUGCAAUUCAACCGUUGCUCAGCGCGCUGCUCUGGCGUGUUCACGGCAACAAGGAAUCUCACCCGGUCCAGGGCCUGACACUAGUAACCAACGACAAUGACACCCAGGCUUGGGCGCAGAAAUUCGGAAUUUUGACCAAGAAUAUCCACCAGCUACGUACUUCUAUUCAAUACGAAGAGAAGGAAUACAAGAACCGCGUCAAGUAUGCCGAGAAAGCCCAGCAUGACAUUCCCGAUCCCAAGCCUCUUUUUUCUUACGACAAUGACAGUGAAGAGGAUGAGCUGGUUUUUGUUCCCCGCGGACGAGGCAAAGGCGCCUCUCGCAAUGCUGGCGGUCGAGGAGGAGGAACCAGUCGCAAAGCUAGGGCUGCUGCAGCCACCGCGGCUGCGGCGGCUCCAACCGAGGCUUCUGUCGAAGUCCCCUCUCAGCCGAUUGAUCCAAACUCGUUUAGUCGUUCGCUCGGCCCAGGCACUCCAUCUAAGCAACAAGUGGUUGACUUGAGCACGCAGUCCGGUGCUGCUCGGGGCCUCUCGGCUUCCUCUCGGCGUCAGGGAGGCGGUCGUCGUGCUGGCGGUUCUCGCGCAAACUCGUCUCGUGGUGGGCGUGGUCACGGAAAACUGUGGGUUCCAUAA